UUAGCGGUAUUGUCGCUAUCACGCUGUUACUUUUUAGCGGCGAGUGGCGAUAACGUUUUAAUAGCUACUAAAAAAUUAAAAAAAUAAAGUAUAACUUUGCGAGGAAAUCAAACUAAAAUAUUUUUCUCAUCUGAUACAUAAGUGAAUAAGUGUGAAGUGUCAUCUUAUUGUAUUUUGUUAUCUGUUCACUAUAUUGUCCUUAUUUUCAUUAUUUGAAUUAUUUUUGUGUAACAAAAGAUUUAAAAAAUAUCACCAUAACAGUACUCGAGUUGAAACUGUGUCGUUCAGUAAAUAUUAUUGAAAAUAUUAAUUUUGUUAACAAUAACCUACUUUCUCUCAUUAUUUUUGUGAGGUUAAAUCUACAUAUAUGUCAAAAUUGUCAAAAGUAUGUUUUGAUUUUCUUAAUUCCGAAAACGAUGAGCAAUUUUUAAAAUGAUUCAUCCGUAGUAAUAAAUACAUGAAAAUACGGAAUGAAUUGUGAAUUGAUAUGUGAAACCAAAAUGAUAAAUAAUAAUAGCGUAACUAGCACUGACUGGUGAUCUAAUCAGAAAACAGUAGGAACAACAGUGAAUGUGUGUUUAAUAUUUUAGAUAAAGUGAAUUGGACACCAAAUUUUAAAUAUAUAAUUGUUAAAAAGAACAUUUUUCUCACAAAACAAGAAUAUAAAGGAUACAAAUAAUCUAAGAGAGAUUGGAUGCGUGUGUAAUGUGACUCGUAUGGAAUAAUGAUCGUAUGUUUAAAAUCUCGCAACGGAAAACAUUCGUGACUUAUCAUUCUGUAAUGGUGAAUAACCAUCAGUAGCGAGAUGAAAUCUUGGGGCGAAGCGCUAUGGCGGAGUGCUUCUGCAAACUUCUCGCGCGUGGGUCGGCUGCGGCGAGCGCUUUUGCUUCUGGCUGCUGCGGCUUGUACCGCUGCAGCUGUUCUUUACUGGCGACAACAAACUGAUGACUCUGCGCAUCGACCUUUGCACUCUAUGUUUGCGGGUGUGGAGCCGCAAUGGUCAUGGAUCUGUCGGAACGAUCGCUGUGAAAGGCUUUUAGCAUCAGAAACAAAUGUACUUCAGUCUCUUCCAACUUGCAAUAUGCUAUGCGCUUCCACACAACUAUGGCCACAGCCCACUGGUCCCGUCAGCUUGGCCACUGCUGCCAUCCGCGUGCGUUCUAGUGGAUUGUCUCUCCAAGUGCUGGCCUCUCCCUCUCGGGAUGUAACCGAGCACCUAAAUGACGCCUUUAUCUUGAUGCGCGAUGACUUAAAAACACUGGAAAAAUCCGCUGCCAUAGAGAACAGACGAUCUGACUCAGCGACACGUGACGUGCUCGUCCGUGUAACCGUUAACGGAACCGGUGAUCCGCGCAUGAGACAGGAUACAGACGAGAGUUACAAGCUAGCUCUUCGACCAGCUGGAAAAUCUUUAGUCGUCGAUAUAACUGCACACUCUUUUUGCGGUGCCCGACAUGGCUUCGAAACUUUGUCACAAUUGAUUUGGUUAGAUCCUUAUGCGGGCUCACUCUUAAUUUUGGAAGCAGCUACUAUUGAUGAUGCCCCUAAAUUUCGAUAUCGUGGACUUCUUCUCGAUACAGCACGAAAUUAUUUUCCUGUUAGUGAUAUACUACGUACAAUUGAUGCAAUGGGCGCAAGUAAAAUGAACACCUUUCACUGGCAUGUUAGUGAUUCUCAAUCAUUUCCUUUAAGAUUGCAAAGCGCUCCACAAUUAGCGCAACAUGGAGCGUAUGGCCCUGGAGCUGUGUACACGACUGACGAUGUACGAGCUAUCGUCAGAAAAGCCAGAUUACGUGGAAUACGUGUUCUAAUAGAAGUAGACGCGCCAGCACACGUGGGGCGAGCUUGGACUUGGGGCCCAGGUGCAGGAUUAGGUCACUUAGCUCAUUGUGUUGAACUGGAACCGUGGAGUACAUAUUGUGGUGAACCUCCUUGUGGACAAUUGAACCCGCGAAAUCCCCACGUAUAUUCACUACUAGAGCGCAUAUACGCAGAAAUUAUCCAACUUACCGGCGUUGAUGAUAUUUUCCACCUAGGAGGUGACGAAGUAUCAGAACGCUGUUGGGCACAACAUUUUAAUGAUACGGAUCCAAUGGAGUUAUGGUUUGAAUUUACACGACGUGCAAUGCUUGCCUUAGAAAAAGCUAAUGGAGGAAAAGCACCGGAUUUAACUUUCCUCUGGUCUUCACGUUUAACUCAUACGCCAUACCUCGAACGCCUGGACAAAAAACGAUAUGGAGUCCAAGUGUGGGGCUCUUCACGAUGGCCGGAAUCUCGAGCCGUACUAGAUGCAGGGUAUCGUUCGGUUUUAUCACAUGUUGAUGCUUGGUACUUGGACUGUGGAUUUGGUUCCUGGCGAGACAGCUCUGAUGGGCACUGUGGACCAUAUCGUUCGUGGCAACAAAUCUACGAACACAGGCCAUGGAUAGAAGAAAUACCGUCAGUUGCCACCGGAGUUGAGCCUUGGAGAGUUGAAGGUGGAGCGGCAUGUCAAUGGACGGAACAGCUAGGUUCUGGAGGCUUAGACGCCAGAGUUUGGCCGAGAACUGCGGCACUGGCAGAGCGAUUAUGGUCCGACCGUGUUGAAGGCGCCACGGCAGAUGUUUAUCUUAGACUAGAUACGCAACGAUCACGUCUAUUAGCCAAAGGCAUUCAUGCAGCUCCUUUGUGGCCUCGCUGGUGUUCUCACAACCCUCACGCCUGCCUUUAGCAGUCAGCCAUAGACGUACUUUCAUAAAUUCGGUUAACUAGCACCGAUUUAUGUAACGAUAGCUGCCUCAGCAGAACUCCCUAUUGAGAUAUUUAUAUAGCUUCAAACUGUUUGGUAGUGAUUGAUGAAAUUAUUCUCCUAUGUAAAGUGUUAGAUCGAUGAAGUUUGUUGUACAUAAUAAUCAUAAAAUCUUAUUAGUUUAAUUAACAUUUAGUUUAAAAAACUGUACAGCGCUUUAUUAUACUUAGCAGAAACUUAAUAACUCAUAUAAAUAUUUGUAGAAUAAGUGAAAUGUACUUGUUAUAAUACUAAUAUGAAAUACGUUUAAAUUAUAUAACAUAGUUAUUAUUUAAAUGUAGAUAGGAUGUAUUUGACUGCCAAUUUAGUCACAAUUUUAAUUGCAAUCGCAAUCGCCUCCGACUAGGAGUUAAGGAAAGUGUCAUAAAACACACAACAUUUAAUAAAUGAACACAAAUAGUAUAUAGGAAUAAUUUGUUAAACAUUUCGUUUAUAUAAUUAAGGUAAACUAACAUAUUACAUGCAUAUCUUAAUUAAACAAAAAUACAAUAUUAUGAAACUGUUACUCUUAAAUGUAAUAUGUACCCAGGGAUAAUAUUAGAACCCAAUAAUUAUUACAUUACUAUAUCUGUACAAUUUAAUCUCACAGCAGUAAAGUAGGUACCAAAAGUGAGGAUUGUUUUGCAAUCCAAAUAACCUUAAAUGUCAUUUUUUAGGAUAUAAUACAAACGCCGUUCUAAAAACCUAAUAUGUUUUUCAACUUAUUGUUGACUAUUUAAUAAAACAGAGCUGAAAAAUAUGUUUAAUUAAAUAUAUAUUGGUUUUAAUAGAUUUAAGUAUAUAUAAUAAAGAUCAUAUAAUAACCGAUAAUUAUUAAAUAUUUGAUAUAUAACUUCCGAUUAUAAUUUAGUUGAUACCACAGUUAUAUUUAUAACCAAUACUGUUUUAGUACAAAACUUUACAGCAUUUGUUAGUAAAAUAUUUGCAAAUUACUAAAUGAGAGAUGGUAAUUAGACUUGUUAUAUAAAUUAAUAAUUUAGUAAUUCAUAGUUCUUUUAAAUGUAAUUAAAAUUAUAUUUUUAAGCAUUAGAAACAUGACAAAAUACUUAUUAAAUUUCGUUAGGGCAUUCUAGUUUCUUUACUUGUACUUUGGAUGCCGUUUAAUUAAUAAUAUUAAAUAUUUACGGCCAGUAGCCAACAUCAAUUGAAUACGGACAUAUUUAAAUAUAUCAUCACAUUUUAAUGCUUUAAAUAAUAUAAAACUGUAUGUAUUAGACUUUUGGGAAUAUAAUGUUUUACGUUAAAAAAAUAUUACAACUUGUGCAAAAUGUAAAAAAGUCUUAGAUACUAAAUUAAUUAUCUGUGUCAAGUUGGGUAAUAUUUUAUUUAUAUUUUAUACCUAUUAUAAUGCUCAAAAUUACUCGCAUCUAAAGACAAAUCGUUACUAGACGAAAAUAUAAAUUUUACCUUGAGGCAAGCAGUGCUUUUUCGUAAAACAUUAUAGCAGUAUACAAGACAGAUUUUUUUUUAAUCAUAAUCACAACAAAUGUUUGAAACAUUUCGUUCAGUAACGGUGUUGAUAAAGUUAAGUCCUCUGAUAUCAUAAAUCACAUAACUUGUAGCGACACAUGUAUUGGAGUAAUAUUUUGAAUUGCUAAACUGCAAUUAACUCUAAAACAUAUAGUAGUUUGUGUUAGAUUUUAUAUUUCUCGAACUUUAGAUUUGUCAAUUACAAUUUAACUCAAGUCUAUAAACGCAUUUCUGAUAAUGUAUGCUAUCUAAAUUGAGAUAAUAUUAUAAUGUCAAUAACCUGUUAAUUUUACAAUUUUAGCGUAAUGUCAACGCGAACGUGCUAUAUUUUUAGGGCCACUAAUUUUUCACACAUUUAAUUUUUGACAAUAUUGUUAUACAAUAACUGUUGUUAAAGUAAUUGUCGAGUCAUCCCUGUUAAACGUGACAUUGGCUGAAUUAAUUGACAGAAAAAAAUGUAACUUGUGAUUUAAAUACCAGCCCUUGUAUUAAAAGUAUUUCUUUUAAAAGUACGUAUAAAAAUUUAUCGGCAAAACAUUUUUUGCAUAUUCGGACUACACCCGUCGGAAUCACUUUUUAAUAGACUUCUUAACUCUUUAAUACUCAGUUAAACUUUAAUCACAUUUAGAGUAUUUUCGGAUAAAAUCCUUUAAUUUUUUUUUUUUUUUGUAAAUCGUUUUAUAAUAUUUAAUUAUAUUGUAUCAUGUUAAUAUAUAAACUGGCACAAUUUUGUACAUUUUGUAAGUAAUGUUUGGUGCUAUAGUGAUUUUGUGGUGUAC